CUUUUCUUGGUUGCCGCUAGGAGACCGGAAUAGAAAGAUGCUGUUUACUGUUUAGCUCGUUUUUUCUACACUCAAAAGUUGUGUUGUUUCUUGAUUCCUGCAUUUCGUGUUCAUUUAGAAGAUGUUAGUGUAGAAACGCUGGGUUUUUAUGCGAUAAUUGAAUUAUUUUCACGCACGCCAUGGCUAAUUCUCAAUAUGAUCUCGACCUCUCUGGUGGAUUAAUGCCUCAAAUACAAGCUCUGCUUGCCCCACCUUUAUUGGAAGACAUUUCAAAAGAAAAACGGAAAGAUGGUUUGGCAUUACAUCCCUACUACAGAAGACCAGGAAGAGGUCAUAACCGAGAUAGUUGUGAUGCCUGCAAAGAGGGAGGUGAACUCAUUUGCUGUGACUCUUGCCCAGCUUCUUUUCACCUUCAAUGCCAUGAUCCUCCAUUGGAAGAGACUGAUUUACCCAGAGGUCUAUGGAACUGUCACAGUUGUCGUGUUAAGAAGGCUCAAGAUGCUGCAUAUGCCCUUACUCAUUCUAUAGAGGUAGAUGAUGGGGCAGACUCUGAUUCCAGCAAAAAUGGAAAAAGAUCAAACAAUUCAACAUCAAGUUCAACAAUGCAGCUGUUAUCUGCUGGGCAAGGAGUACCUGAGAAGAUUGCAGGUCGCCGUCGAACAAACAAUUCCGAUGAUGUGGAUGUAGAAACUCCUGGAGUAAGCUCGGAAAAAUCGAGUGAUAGGGAGGAAGUCUUUGAAAAUGCGGGAAAGGUUUCGUUUUUUGGUCCACUCAUCAAAGUAGCAGCAUCCAUGAAUCCACAACAGUUUGAGCUACCGCCUGAGCUUGUAGAACCUAUCCCGUUCCCAGGUUCCAGCAAAUCAUGCACUUCAAAAAAGACAGGACCUGGGCUUAAAAAGAAGUCGCAUGAACUUGAUAACGGACUUGUGCCGUUACCUUUGCGAGCGUGCUUCUAUUGCAGCAAGAGUUGCCGCAAGGCGCCAAUGGUCGCGUGUGACUUUUGCCCCCUGGUUUUCCAUUUAGAUUGUCUGGAUCCUCCGCUUGUUUGCAUGCCAGUUGGAAAGUGGAUGUGCCCAAAUCAUCCUCAAAAUAUUGAGUAUAAGUUGUUGCCGGAUUCUCGACUUACUGAACGCGUCAAAUUUUGGUCGUUUUUGCAGAAACCUAUUGAUCAUGAAACUGUUAAAAUUAAUUUUCUGCGUAAAGUAAACCGAAAACAUCCACCCUUUCGUCGGAAGGUACCUCUGCCAGGCCGACCUCGUAUGAGAGUGCCAUUGAUAAUCAAGAAUCAGUACAAGCAUCCUCCUCUGCUUCCCGCUCGUCUGACAGGGACGCAACCAUUCCAUUGGUCGCCCGUUCUUCCUGAAACACGAAGGAGUUUGAAGCCUUUCGGAAGGGAUGAAUCAAGUGACGAGGAAGAUAAAAAUGAAGAACAACCCCAGCCUCAUGAAGAGGCUCACCAAAUAGCAGCAGAAUGUAAGAAAAUGCUUUCGAACGAAGGCGAAGCCAUGGAAGAAGCUGAUACUGUGUUACCUGAACGAAAAAAUAAAGAAUCGGUUGAAGGGUCCAAUUCUUCUGUGUGGAGUGGAUUGUUUGCUGAAGAAUUCAAACAGAUUGAGAAAGAUGUAACAAAUUACCUGGGCACCCUGAGACGCGGAAUGAAAGAAAGUCAUUUGAAGGUCUUCAUGGAGCAAUUGUCAAAUGACUUAUUGAAAGCCAUGGAUCAAGAAACGUUGCGAACCCUUGCCAUGCAAAGAGUGCAGCAGCUAAUCCUUAACCCAGAGUCGCGGUCGCUGACGGUGUUUCCUCUUCCUGGAAUGUUGUCUUCUGUUAGCAACUCACAGAGUACAACCAUUCCACAGCCUUGGCUUCAUUCGAGCAGUGCUUCCGACAGUGGUAAUAGCACUAUUCUUUUUAUUCAACCAAUUGGAACCCAAUCAUUAAACCUCUUCUGUUAUCGAGUAGACAGUAGCCAAGCACAAGCAAAUGUUUUCCCAACACAGCCGAGAGCGUUCCUCUGUCCCCUUAGUUCAGCAUACCCGCCAGCUCCCAUCUACUAUCGCCGACUUACUAUCGGCACUGGUGCCGACAUGGAUUUAAGCUUAUCUUCCUAUGGCACGUGCAAAUAUGUUUCCGGACAUCACGCCACCGUGUUCUAUGACGAGAUGUCGAGGCAUUUCGAGCUACUCAAUUACAGCGAACACGGGACAGUUGUUGAUAACGUCGUAUAUUGCUGCGAUCUAGAUAUUGAUGUAACCGCUAAAUCGGAGGCGGACAGUGCCAAAGAAAAGGAAAGGAAUCAAUCAUUCCAAGGCUUAGAUGACAUAACGAGACGUUGUGAUAAAAUGACCACUUCACUUACGGAAUCAAAUGAAACUUCUCAUUGCGGUUGCCGUAUCGAUGUCAGCUCUCUUAGCUCAGCAGGCAAAAAUGGAGGAUGGGAAGGGACUGGUCUACUCACACAUGGCUCUCACAUUAAGUUCGGAUGCAUGCAGUUCAUUUUGUGCAUAAGCAACACCAACGAGAAACCUCGUUUUAUUCAUCAUUAAAAAUUCUAGGGUACAUUAUCAUAUUUGCCUCAUUAUGUCCCGCAGUUAUUUUGUUUGUUUUUCGUUCAAAUAAAAUGUGUCAAGCCGUGAAA